AUGGAAUCACACCCGAGCUCUUCAAUAUCUCAGCCAAACGCACAAUACGGCUCGACCUCUACCACCUCGCGCCCCCGAAGGAGCAGCGUCUUCAAUGGCCCCGGUACUGAGGGGCGCACUGGUCUGGGUACACUGGGGGUGCACGAUGACAAAAGCGAACUGGUAGGGGACUGGAGCAAUUGGCAGCCCCUGGAGGACGCUGUGGGCGGUGGGGAUGAAGAUGCGAAUGAGGCUCCAGCCCCGGCUCGAAAUUGUUUAAUGGCGCAGAACCACUUCACCUCAGGUCAUUCGGAUGAUCGGGCAAGUAGUUUCUACCCAACCUACAAGAAACAACAAGAGCCUUCGACAAAACGGCUCAGACGAUUCAAGUCAUAUUGGUCUGCUAUAUGGCCUCUCUCGCCCGUAUCAGCAGUUGUUCUCAAAUGCUCUCUGGCAUAUUUUGUGGCUUCACUGUUCACCUUUAUGCCGGCUCUAUCAUCACUCUUAUCGACAGCGGCUAUCCUCGAUGAGCAUGGCCGGGUCAUACGGCAGCCGGCAGAACUGGGGCAUAUGGUAGCAACUAUGGUGGUAUUUUUCAACGCCGGCAAGUCAUUGGGCAAUAUGCUCCUCUCGAACCAAUAUUGUCUCGGUCUCGUGACCCUCGCCACAAUUGCCUCCCUUCUUUCUAUCGCAACUUUCCAGGUGUUCGACCGGUCCUCGCCAACAGAAGGCAAAGGGUGGGAUUCCGUGACGGAGGUAGCGGGCUGGACGGUAUGUUUUGCCUGGAUAGGUGGUACGAUGGGCGUCAUUGCGUGGGCAAAAGUUUGGAUUGGAAGUCUGCAUUUUAAUGGAGGAUGCUCUAUGGCGGCGAUUUUGCUGUACAGUGUGGUUCUGAGAGAGGGGUCUAUUCCGAAACUGUUCGAGAUUCUCGAGAUCAUCUGCUUCGGAGUCAUCAUCACCAACUUCAUCAACCUUGCCGUCUUUCCCGUAUCAUCUACCACCACCCUUCAAACCUCCAUCACCAAGUCUCUCGAUUCAUUCAAAACCCUUCUCGACCUCCUCACCUCUACUUUCCUGCUCGAAAAGACCGUCGUCAAAGAUGCUCGCCUCCACCUCAAGGAUGCCGUCAGAGACCAUUCCGCAACCUUCAGCCAGCUCAAGAAUGAUCUGGCCGAGGCCAAGAGGGAGAGGAUAUUCGAUGGGAGGAUCAGAGGGAAGAAGCUUCAUUUGUACGAGGCGGCUGUGACAAGUCUGGGGAGGUUGGCGCAACAUCUGAGCGGAUUGAGAAGCUGCGAGAGACUUCAAGAAAGUUUGAUCAAGGCUACUACUGGAGGAAGGAUCAGAUGGGAGCAGGGUGUCGACGGUCGACCCAGACUCGUCAUUGUCGACGACAAUAGCGAGACCGCUCAAACGUCUGGUCAGGACGAGGUGGCAGAGGAUAGCUUGAGGGUGCUUGUGGAGUUUCGAGAGUUUGCAGGUGCCAGGAUGGAUGCUUUGAACGUCUCUUGUGACCAAGCUCUCGACGCCGUACAAGGCCUCUCCCGCAAAGACAGCAUCGACACUCACACCCUUGUCUCCGUCAGGUCGAAUCUCGCCGAUGCUCUAAAAACUUUCAAAGAAGCGGCUGGCGAAGCCAUCACAAAGGUGUAUGUAAGCGCCGAUGGAAGCCACGGUGGUUCCGUCGGGAGCGAACAUGAGGAAGCUACUCUGCAUGAAGGAGAGGAUUCGGGCAAUGGACCCAAUGAGACGGUCUUUUUGAUCUACUUCUUUCUCUUCACUUUCGAGGAGUUUGCUCGUGAGAUGCUCUUUCUUUUGGAUACAAUGGCAGAAAUCGUCACAUCCCGGCAAGUGUCAGCAUGGGACCAGAUCAAGUCGUACACCCUGAGAGGCAAGCGUGUAAUGACCGAGGGUCAGUUCUUGUACGCUCAGCUCACCAACAUCGUCCCGGUCGGCCCUUCCAAGCUUCAAGCACCCCUUCACCCCGUCAGCAGCAAAGAUGCCACCAGUCGCCUCACCGAGCGCAUCCAGCCACCGCGCACGAAGUUCGAAAAGUUUAUGCGAGCUUGGGGUGAAUGGGAAGAGAGGAUGGAGCAGCCUGAUAUGAGAUACGCCAUCAAGACUGGACUUGGAGGAGCGUUGCUGGCCUUGUCGGCUUAUCUCCCUGCGACAAGAGCAUUGUUUCUACAUUACAGGGGCGAAUGGGCUUUGGUGGCGUUCUUGUCAGCUAUGAGCCAGACGGUCGGCCAGACCAACUACAUUUCUUUAGCGAGAAUCUUUGGAACCGUCACCGGCGGUCUCGUUGCUGUCAUACUCUCAAGACUCUUCUCAGAAAGCCCAAUAGUUUUGCCUUUAGCUGGCUUUCUGUUCUCCAUGGUCUGCUACUACGUUAUCACCCAGAUGCCCGACUACUUUGACGCCGGCCGGUUUACGCUCUUGACUUAUAAUCUCUCUUGCCUCUUUGCGUACAACUCGCGAAAUCAUUCCGACGUUACCGUAGAGCUCAUCGCCCUCGAGCGAACGAUGAGUGUCACUGUAGGGAUUGUAUGGGCAGGUCUUAUAUCGAGGUAUUGGUGGCCUUUUACCGCCAGAAGGGAACUUCGAAUGGGCCUCAGCGACUUCUGCUUGGAUCUAUCAUACCUCUACUCAAAGCUUGUGACGACCUACAGUAAAGGAUCAACCGACGACGAGGUAGUUGACGACUGUAAUUGUGACAAUGAAGGCAGCAGACCCGGCGAGACGACACCCCUCUUACCCACCUCUUCCAUUUGCCGAACCCACCUCAGCAAGAGCGUCCGUCAAUUCAUGAGCAUGGAGCUUCACCUCCAAUCUCAACUCGGCUCCCUCCGCAAUCUCCUUGCUCACACCCGUAAUGAGCCCCGAUUGAAAGGGCCGUUUGCAUACGGGUUCUAUCAGGAGGUGCUGCUGAGCUGUGAAAGGGUGCUGGACAGGCUGCACAGUAUGAGGUGUGUCACUACGCGGGAUGAGUGGGACAAUCACAUGCGUCGAACUUUUGUUUUACCAGUCAACAAAGAGCGCCGAGAAAUGGCAGGCAACGUUAUUCUAUAUUUCUAUACCCUUUCAGCCGGCUUACGCCUUCGAUCUCCCAUGCCCCCUUACCUCCCCCCAGCCGAAUCCGGGCGUCAGAAACUCGUACACGCUAUCCGGUCCCUCGACGUCGUGCGCAAGAGGAGUGUCGAAGGAGGAGGAAGACACCUCCUGUUUUUUGCCUAUUCGCUCGCUAUGCAGGAAGUGAUAGCGGAGCUGGAGCAUUUGGGGACGAUGAUGCAGGAUGCGUUCGGCGACACCGCGUAG